AUGGGAGACCUUAUGAAAAGACAGUUCAGCAUCUUAGAUUUAUCUGGAAAGAAAUUUCUGGAAUGGAAAGUGGAUGCAAUGAUGAAUUUGAAAGCUCAAGGCUUGGAGCACACUGUUAAAGAAAAUAAAAGUCCCUCUGGUCAAACAACUGAUACUACCACUUCUGCAAUGACGGUUGAAAAACCCAUUACCGAACAAGAAAAGGCAAAAGCCUUAGUGUUACUAAGGCAUCAUUUACAUGAAGGCCUUAAAACUGAGUACAUGAUGGUUGAAGAUCCCAAAGAAUUAUGGGAUUGCCUUAAUGAAAGAUUUGGACACCACAAAAGGGUGCUCCUUCCUAAGGCAUUAUUUGACUGGACAAUUUUACGGUUCCAGGAUUUCAAAUCUGUAAUUGAUUAUAAUUCAACCAUACAUGAGAUAGUGUCUAUAUUGAGAUACUGUGAUCAUCCAGUCACCGAUGAACAAAUGAUUGAAAAAACACUCACUACCUUUCAUGCAAGCAACAUACUGUUGCAAGAACAAUAUCGUGAAAGAGGUUUUAAGAAGUUUAAUGAAUUAAUGAGUGUAUUGCUUGUUGCGGAACAAAAUAGCGAUCUUUUGUUGAAAAAUCAUAAUCUCAGACCAACUGGGUCUUUGGCCACUCAUCAUGAGGCAAAUGCAACAAAUUCCUAUCCACCCGAGUCAAAUGCUACAAGAAGAGGUGGACGUGGAAAUUACAAUGGCCGUGGAAGAGGCCGUGGAAAUUAUCGCGGACGCGGCCGUGGUCGUGGACAUUGGGGACGUACUUGUCGAACGGCCAAACAUUUGGUAGACCUUUACCAGGCUUCUGUAAAAGGCAAAGAGAAAAAUGCAGAAGCAAAUUAUGUUAAUGAGGAAAAUGCUCCUUGUCCCAGCCUUGAUGUGUCUGAUUAUUUCAUGGAUAAUGCUGAAAUUGGAAAUGAUUUCAUUCUUGGAGAAAACAACAAUACUUAG